CUACUCGUUCAACUCUUGAGAGCUUUUCUUGUUGUCUGCAUUCAUUGCUUUGCACCUCUCUUUUCUUAGCACUUUCUCUCCCAACUUUUUCCCUAGAAAAUGUCUUGCUGCGGAGGAAACUGUGGCUGCAGCGGUGGCUGCAAGUGCGGCAACGGCUGUCGAGGACACUUUGAGGGAUCUGAGAUGGGUGUGGGAGCUGAGAAUGGCUGCAAAUGUGGAGCCAACUGCAGCUGUGACCCUUGCACUUGCAAAUGAACAAAUGACAACUUCCUAACCACUACUAGCCUUCUACAAAGCUAGAGAUGAGAAGAUGAUUCUCUCUCAACAAUAAUCUAAAUACAUAUGUAAUAUGUAUUUAUAUAUGUAUAACAUCUCUGUGCUUGUGGGUAUGAGGCUUCUUUAAAUUAUGAAGGUUUUUUUAAGUGUUUUUCUUAUAAAUAAAGUGGACAUGGUUUCAUGGUCAUUUGGUGUUUGUUUGGCUAUGUUUGUAUAAAGUUAGGAGGUUAUAUAUGUAUGUUUUGAGUUCAAAUGUCUGUCUGAAUGGAACUCUACUUUUUCUGUUA